GAGAAUUCCCCACACCAUCCUCUCCUUCUCUUCCCCACAGAGAGAAUGAGCUUAUGAGCCCCCUUCGUGUUCCUCUACCACCCAACACACCCCACCACUACCUCAAGCUAACGUGCGCCCUCUUCCUUACCCUACGCACCCCCCAUCUUUCCUUUCCAUUUCCGUUAUUCUCUCUCUCUCUCUCACACACACAACAUUUGUUUUUAUCUUCUUACUUUCAUAAACCUCCGCGUUAACCGUUCUCCCCCACCUCCUUUCUCUCGCUCUCUCUCUCAUUCCCAUCCAGAUUCGGAGGUUCGGACCGACACCAAGCUUGCUUCGGGUGCCGCCGGUGGUGGUUUUAGGGUUAGGGUUUCCGAGAGAUGUGGUAUGCUUCAGGCAUUCAUGAAUCUACGCGCUCUCUGUUUGAGGCCAUUCGGGCUCGCUGACGACAAGGUCGACACUUCCCCCGUCGAAGUCAACGGCGGCAGCUUCAGAGGCAGCGGAAGCUUCAAAGGCGGCGCCGGCGCAAGAGAAGGCAAGGACAGCCUCCUCUGGUCUCGCGCCGUCGGAAAAUAUGGCUCCGGCGAUUUCUCCAUGGCCGUCGUCCAGGCCAAUCAGGUCCUUGAAGACCAGAGCCAGAUAGAGUCCGGUCCCCUUGGCACCUUUGUUGGCAUCUACGACGGUCACGGAGGACCCGACGCCGCGCGAUUCGUAUGCGAUCACCUCUUUCGCCAUUUUCAAGCAAUAUCAGCUGAAGCAAAUGGAGGCGUGAUCACUGAGACCAUCGAGAGGGCAUUCCGCCAAACAGAAGAAGGGUAUGCUGCUCUUGUGUCAGACUUGUGGAGCACUCGGCCUCAAGUCGCAAGCGCCGGGACUUGUUGUCUGGUUGGAGUGAUAUUUCAGCAGACACUCUUUGUGGCAAACCUUGGAGACUCCCGCGUUGUAUUGGGCAAGAAAGUUGGCAACACAGGGGGCGUUGCUGCAAUUCAGCUUUCUACAGAACACAAUGCAAAUGUUGAAGCUGUGCGGCAGGAGCUUAAAGAGUUACACCCACAUGAUCCCCAGAUUGUUGUCCUCAAACAUGGAGUGUGGAGAGUCAAAGGCAUUAUUCAGAUUUCUAGAUCUAUAGGUGACGUAUAUAUGAAAGACGCACAAUUUAACCGGGAACCACUUCCUGCAAAAUUCAGACUUCCUGAACCCAUGCACAUGCCUAUCUUGAGUGCUGAACCCGCUAUUAUUUCUCGUCGACUGCAACCAAAUGAUUCUUUCAUUAUAUUUGCAUCAGAUGGCUUAUGGGAGCACCUGAGCAAUGAAAAGGCUGUGGAAAUUGUUAGCAGCAAUCCACACACGCGACGCCAUUUUCAUGAUGAUAUAUCUGUUAUUGUUUUAUUCUUGAACCACGAUCUUAUAUCCAAAGGCACAGUGCUAGACCCACCACUCUCACUUCGAAGCGCACUCGAUCACUGACUCCAACUGGUGUCAUCAUUGUAAUGUAAAUUACACACACAUGUUGUCUUGUACCAGUUUUUGGCAGCAUACCACGAUAUACAUGUGCCAUUGCUACCUGCAUUAUAAGGUUGAGAAUCAUUCAUCAGGCUCCAAAUUGUUAAAAGUCAUAACAUGUUAUUAGAAUUUUGUCCAUGAAAAUGACAAAAGAAAAGAAAGGUAAAAAAGAAUGUAACAAGCAUUUGAUUGUGGCCACUCCCUUUUCUAACC